AUCCCUGAGAACGGAGGCAAGAGUGAAGGGGGUAGAGAGAGAGAGAAAGUAGGCAAAGGAGUGGAUCAAUCCAUAAACUCCAUAUGGUUAGCCUUGCCUUUUCUUCCCUUCCCAUCUACAAUCUGUCUCUCUUUGUCUGAGUUUUGAGAUCAAUCGAUCUCAAACCAAGUGAUUUUCAAGUUGUAUUUUGAUUCUCUGCAUAGCAAACAGCUUGAGCAGAUACAAUGACAAUCGAUUGUUUUGCAAACGCAUCGAUGAUGAGAGGUCCCCCAUCGCCACGACCACCGAUGUUGUCUCCACCGAGCGAGGGAGAUGGGAAAGAGCAGCAGCAGCAGCAGCAACAACAACAACCUCUAGUGUUCGAUGCCGCCGUGCUUCGACACCAACCCAAUAUACCUACACAGUUCGUAUGGCCCGACGAAGACAAACCCACUGGUGAGGCACGAGAAAUCUCUGUUCCGCUCAUCAACUUGGGUGGGUUCUUAUCAGGAGACCCAGAUGCUGCCAUGGAGGCAUCGAAACAGGUUGGGGAGGCCUGCGAGAAACACGGGUUCUUCCUGGUUGUAAAUCAUGGCGUGGAUAAGCGACUCGUCGCCGAUGCUCAUAGUUACAUGAACUUGUUCUUUGAUAUGUCGCUCCAUGAAAAACAGAGGGCUCAGAGGAAACCAGGGGAGCACACUGGGUAUGCCAGUAGCUUCACUGGGAGGUUCUCCUCUAAGCUUCCAUGGAAGGAAACCCUCUCAUUCCGCUAUUCUGCCGAUGUUCAAUCAACCAACAUCACAGUAGAAGAAUACUUCCUGAAAAUUUUAGGUGAACGCUUCCGGAAAUUUGGGAGGGUGUACCAGGAGUACUGUGAGGCGAUGAACAAGCUCUCACUAGGGAUUAUGGAACUAUUGGGGAUGAGCCUAGAGGUCGAAAGGAGCCAUUACAGGCAGUUCUUCGAAGAGAAUGAUUCGAUAAUGAGAUUGAACUACUACCCACCAUGCCAAAAGCCACAUCUGACUCUAGGAACAGGACCACACUGUGAUCCCACUUCCUUGACAAUCCUUCAUCAAGACAAUGUUGGUGGGUUACAGGUAUUUGUAGACGAAGAGUGGCGUUCCAUAAGUCCCCAUUCUGAAGCAUUUGUCGUCAACAUUGGAGAUACUUUCAUGGCUCUGUCGAAUGGGAGGUACAAGAGUUGCUUGCACAGAGCAGUGGUGAACAGAGAGACACCAAGGAAGUCGCUAGCGUUCUUCUUGUGCCCACAAUCGGAGAAGGUAGUGAGGCCGCCAAGGGGGCUUGUGGACAAGGAGCACCCAAGGAAAUACCCUGACUUCACAUGGUCGUCGCUGCUAGAGUUUACCCAGAAGCACUACAGGGCUGACAUGAAGACCCUGGCCGUCUUCUCCCAAUGGCUUCAACAACAAAACAAAUGAAGCAGAGAGAGAGAGAGGCGAGUUCGUCCCAGGAGUCCGGAUCCACUCAACGUACGUGGAGAGGCUGAUCUUUUGACACCUGUUUUAGUAUUGACGGAGGCUUCUGUUUUAGCUAACACCUUUCUUCUAUAUAUAAAAUAUAUAUUUUUUAUUGUCCAUUUUUAUAGGACAAUAUAAAGAAGGAAGUUGUUGAUCAGCUAUAAU